CCUUUUGGUUGAUGUCCACUUCAUCAGUUUAGCUAUCCGGGCUCUAAACUCUCGGCCCUCCAGCCAUUGCCUUUAGCCCUCCCAACGGGUCGCUAUCAUCCACCCCCCUCCACUCGACUCUGAUCGCCGAUGGCACAGCACCUAUACCAACACCUGGGCAUGGCAACCACGAGCGACUAUGACAAAAUACGGCCAUGGCUAUACUGAUGCGUGGGAAGUCACGUUCGCCAAGAAUUCGUCUUUGAUACGUUCAGGCAGAAUAGGACACGGGCUCCGCCUGGUGGUGGCUCACUACGACCAGCGAGCACCGUCUCCAGCCAACACUCUAAGAUCUGGCCAUCCCACGCAUGCUGUCAUUACCCUCUGCUCUCUCUCUCUAUAUGUCACUCUCGUCUUCCCACGCAAGUCAGCAGUUGGAAUCCCCGCAAUUAUGUCAUGCGUCGUGGAUGUCUUCGUCCUCUCCCUGGACCCUGACCACUCCGAGGCCGUUCUUUGGACCCUCAAUGCCUUUUUUUUCCCAGUGCGUAAUUUGCAUUCUCUCUCGUACCUGUGUCCCAUCUUUCUGUGUUCAGUGCCCAAGACAUUUGAGAGACCCCCCCGGGUCCCCACUGCAGCAUACUACUACUAGUAUUCGACUUUUACUUUUGCCCGUCCCACACCUGGACCGCAGGUCUUUUGCUCAGCCUAGGGUUUCGACUCUGCCUGCUAUAUUGGUGUAUGCUCGUAUGAGUGAGUGCUCCGUACCACGCCGCGUGCAAAUGGUGUUUGGCAAUCAUGCCCCCAAGAAACACACGACACACCGGCAUCGAGCCCCAGCAAGGCCCCCCCCCCCCCCCCUGAUGCCUAACCUGGGCUUCUGUCUUGGUCGUUUGGUGAGCUCCGGAACUAGCCCCGGCCCAGGUAGCACGUCUCCGGCAGGGCUUUGGAGGUUGGAUCUUCACAAUGUUACCGAUUUACUACAAAACUGUCCCAUGCUGCUGCUUUUGUGUUCCUUUCGCCCCCCCUCUUGAACCCUGAGGGCAUCCCUUGCCACUGCUCUAUGCUUCACGCUCAGCUCCCAAUUGAUGACCCUGUCAACGGUUACGGCCUUUCCUGAAGUCGCCGUCUCCUCCGUCACCGCCGUUCGCCUCCGGUUCUUCUAUCCGUAGCCCGAUAACAAGAUGAGCGCCGCAUCCCGCAAGUCUCGUAUAGCUACGAGUGUGGCGAGAGUUAUG